GAGUGGUGGAGGGUGGAUGGAGGAGGAGCGACCUCAGUGUGAUUCCUGCUGUCAUGUGACGGAGCUGCAGUAACGUUGUGUGUGACGUGAAGGAAGCUUUGUGCUCAGUGACGCUCCGUGUUCUGUCACUCGGCGGGCGUAGGUAGUGUGGAGACUGGCAGUCCGAUUAUACUGAAUUGACUUUCUGGUGUAUCAUAAAGAACAAAAGUAUUCUUUCAGGCAGCAAAAUAGGAAACUUGAGCCUACCAGCCCCUCCUUUAGAAAAGAGAAGACGGUCGGCGAAAGGCUGCAGCAGUGACGUUUCUGACCUUGAGAUGGCGAGCACUUUCUCUCCCGUCUCGUGGGUUUGACCCCUGACCUGAGCUCAGCACUCGUGACCUGCUGUGACCCGAGACUAUGAGGACCCGACCCGGCGAGGAUGAGUCACUUCCCCCUACGAGGCCCAGAGGUCGUGCGACGGCGCAGCGAGAGGAGCAGGUCGUCAGUAGUGAGCGGGGCCGCUCUCUCCUGUGGCGCCGCGACCCUGGUCUUCGCGCUGGCCUGCUGCCUCGCGCCCGACGGAGCCCACGCCGCCAUCACUAACUACAGAUCAUACUGCGGCGAGUCCGCCUACAGCCACCGGUACUACAUGCGGAUCGUGGGCGGCCGCCCCGUCGUGGCAGGCGAAUGGCCGUGGCAGGUCGCCCUCCAGCAGAAGGAUCCCUACAGCGGCAAGGGCCUCGGCCAGCACUGCGGAGGGACGCUCAUCCAUCCGUCGUGGAUCCUUACGGCUGCACACUGCAUCGUAGACCCCGUGUUCAAGUUCGCGCUGCCGCCCCCCUUCUGGAGCGUCCGCGUCGGGGAGGUGAGUCUCUCGGCCGAAACCCAUCGCCUGUACCCCGUCUCCAAGAUCAUUACGCAUAAGUUCUUCGACUCGGAGACCUGGGACAACGACAUCGCCCUGGUCAAGCUCCGGAAGCCGCUGGACCUCGAGGAGCACGCCGGCCUCGUCAACACCAUCUGCCUGCCGGCGCGCAACAUGUCCUUCAUCGGCCUGCAGUGCUCGGUCACCGGCUGGGGGAGGACCAAGGAGCAUGGCAGCAACUCCGACCUCCUGCAGACCAUCCGGGUGCCAGUCAUGACCAACAAGAAGUGCCAGCGCGCCUACCGGAAGGUCAACCCGGUCAGCAACGGCAUGAUAUGUGCUGGCUGGGACGAGGGAGGGAUGGGGCCGUGCGUGGGCGACAGCGGCGGGCCCCUGCAGUGCCGCGAGCGCGGGGGGCCGUGGAUUCAGGCCGGCAUCACCUCCUGGGGCGUGGGGUGCGCCGCCCCCUCCUACCCGGGGGUGUACAUCAGGGUGUCAGAGUACCUCGACUGGAUCUACAAGCACCUCGAGAAGACUUAGGGCGGAGCGGCAGUGUUUUAAAACCUGAAGUCAAGGUUGUUUUUGUUAUGUAUUGUUAUUAUCAUCUUCCUCACCAGUUUAUUUAUUUGCUUUCUAAUUCAUUACUGUUCUUAUGUAAAUACAAAACAUAAACUAAUGAAUUAGUUAACCCAAAGUUCUCUUUACGGAAAGAAAUGCGAAAUGCAGUGAAAGUAAUCUUUACUUUGGCAACCGUUAAUUCCACAGAGGAUUACUUCGACCUUGGUUCAUUGGAAGGCAAAUGCGUGUUGCUCACUUCAGUAUACUGUCGGAGUCUGACUGAAAUAUGGACGCUGAUGUUCAAGUUGUAACAGGAAAAGUGUGACAGCUGAUCAACCAUUUUUAUAAAUUGAUUUUUUCCAGUCAAAGAAACGACAGUAUCACCAAGUAUAAUAAGGAAUUUAAGUGGAAAAACAAUCAAAAGUGACAAGUGACAUAUGACUUGAAAAAGUAGAAGACUAAAAUGCGCCUUCAGGAAAAUCAGUGAGCCUAGACAAGGUGUGCAUCAUUACAUAUAAGAGAAUGCGCGAUGGUGUGUAGAGGAAAUUGUGAUAAAUUAGAAAAUAAUACGCCGGUGAAAUAGCUCGUUGAAGAUAUUACUGAUUAAGUUAUGUGUACGUAUUUAUAAUUGUACAAUAGCCAAAAGAUGGCUCAGAGCAUGUGGAAAUUUGAUAAAUUCACUUGAAGGUACGAAAACUAUAUACUGUAUCUAUGAAUAUAUUUUACAUAUUUGACUACCUUAUUCUUCGUAUAUUUCUAGCUGCCUAUGCAUUUCUUCUUUAUUCUAGUAUACAUAUUAAGAAAACCAAUGAGAAAUAUAUGAACAAUUGAUCAAAUAUCUUCUGAAAUUUGAAUUAAAGACUUUCCAAAAAAGGAUGCUAUCAAGACUAACGUUUAUAUUUAAUUGCAAACCGCAAUGUGAAGCAACCCAGUGAAUAUCUAAAUCUACUUUUUGUAUAUUAGGUAUAUUAAAAUAUCUGAGAAAAAUGUGAGACAAUUUGAAUGCUGAAUCAUAAAGAAAUGUAAGACAGUCUUCACAGAGAAGGGUGACUCUCUUAUGUCAAAAGAAUGAAACGUCAAAGUAAUCCUUAUUAAUAUCAUCAGUUCGACAGCAUAAGUGAAUUUUACUUAAAAAAAUAGUAUUUAUAUGAUAGACAACAGAUGCCUUCAAAACAAAUGUACAGUACAUUAUAUUGCGAUUUGUUUAUGACGCACAGCAUAUUCCAUCUGACGAGGAAGCAGACCACAGAAUCUCUUCUUGUCGUUUACCUCAGACUUUGCCUUCCCUUGUGCGCGCGCACUCGCUACUCAGGAAGAAUAUGAAGGUCAGACGCGAUGAAUUCACAUUUACAUCCGUCGACUAUUGGUACUAUAUUUGACUCAUUCAUUGUUCUAGCAGUUCACGACGCUGUAAUACUUUAAGUGAGCUCAUUACUAAACGUAUCCAUUUUCUGCUUCCCUCUUGCAUUUUGGUUAUCCAAACACUCAUAUGCUGUCCAGAGCAUUCUUCGCAUGAUGGUCUUACCUAGAUUGCUACUCAUUUCGUUAUUUACGAAGACCUUAGAGUUGGUUACUUUUUGAUUUUUGCUACAUUCACUGUGUAAAAAACAUUGAUCUAAAAUCAUUUAAUAUCAUUUGCUAAGACGUUUUGACUGAAGAGCUCUGCUUUCAAACGUUUUCCCUUCCUCUCUCAUUCCCGUAUCGUAACCCCCUCUUUCUCUUCGAACAUACAUAUGAAUUAAUUAUGUCUUCCAACAAAAGGCGUCGAAGAGGACAAGAAAGAAGUCCUCUCGUUGCGGAGGGUCAGCCGAGAGGCGCUUCCUGGGCGUAGCGGCCGUACCACAAGUGCCUGCUCCUCAUGUGCAUCGGUACAAGUGCAUGUAGUGCCAUCUGUCGGUGAUGGUUAGGUUAAUGAUUUUAUUUAUUGAUUUAGUUCUCUGAGCAGUGAAAACCAUCAGCGACAAAUUAUUGUUUCGUUGAGUCUUGGUAGUUCUGAGUCAGUCGAGGAUUCCCGCAGCUGGAAAAUCCGUUCUGUUUGCUGCUGUUAUUGUUUUCAUAUUUACUUUUGCUGUUUUUAAUAGUUUUUUUGUUGUUAUUGUUUUUAAUUAUUAAUGUUAUCAUCAUAUUUAGUAUUAUCAUUUCAAAUCCUACUUCUGUAACAUAAAAUUAGGUUGAUGUACCAUGUUAAACGCAAAGAUACUCCAUAGCCUUUAUCUAGCGAAGCUGUGAUACUCACAACUCUAUACUUUUGUGUAUUUAUUUAUUUUCUUAUUUCAUGUAGACAACAAUAUCUUCCCUUCCGGUGAAUCUUAAAAAAGAUAACGAUCCAGAGUGGAUUAACAAUUUCAUAAUUCGUGACAAGAAUCCCCACUUUGCUAUUACAGGCAUUAGUGUGUCGACGAUUCUGUUCCAAUUUCUGCUUUAAAUGAUGCCCUGGUUAUCUUUCUCGUGAUACACCGUAUUGACUGUGAUUUUGUUAUAACCUUGACGUGACCAGCACGUCUAUUGUAGAGAGUUCAAAUAUAUAUUUAAUAGGAAA